GCGCAUGGAGACCCUGGGUGUCAGCCGCGCAGGAGUCCCACGGCCCCCGAAGCAUUUGUGGAGGCAGCCACGGCGCCCCAUCCGCAUCCAGCGGCGCUUCCACUCGGACCCGGAGCCCAGCGAGUGGUCUAUGCUCCUGAAGUCCUGGCGCUCGUGGCCCAGCUCCUUCCACCGCCGCUUCGACCUGGAAAAUGGGCUCGUGAGCUGCAGAGGCCCCUUGGACCCUCAAUCUGGCCGCGUCCUCCAGCCCCCUGGCCAGCAAGGCCAGCGGCGCGAGUCCUUCCUGUACCGCUCCGACAGUGACUAUGAGCCUUCAUCGAAGGCUGUGUCCCGGAACUCCUCGGUGGCCAGUGAUCUAUAUGGAGAAGACAUGAUUGUCACGCCCUUCGCACAGGUUCUGGCCAGUCUCAGAACGGUCCGCAGCAACGUGGCCACCCUUGCCCAUAACCCAGGCAGUGCCACCAGGCAGCCGCUCUUGGGUACCCCUCCGUGUAGCAGCCAGCUGGCCGCCCCCACAGAGGACGCUGGGCUGCAGCUGGCGCAGGAGACGCUGGAGGAGAUGGACUGGUGCCUGGUGCAGUUGGAGACACUGCAGACGCGGCGCUCGGUGGGAGAGAUGGCAUCCAACAAGUUCAAGCGCAUGCUCAACCGCGAGUUGACCCAUCUGUCGGAAACCAGCCGCUCAGGGAACCAGGUGUCGGAGUACAUCUCCCAGACCUUCCUGGACCAGCCGGCGGAGGUGGAGCUUCCCAGGCUGCCCACCGAGGACACGCGGCCCAUGUCCCGGAUCAGUGCCCUGCGCGGGCCCCGCCCCGCCAGCCUCCCCACAACUGCCGUCCCCCGCUUCGGGGUCCAGACAGACCAGGAGGCACAGCUGGCUAAGGAACUUGAAGACACCAACAAGUGGGGACUUGAUGUGUUCAAAGUGGCUGAGCUGAGCGGGAACCGGCCGCUCACAGCCGUCAUGUUCAGCGUCUUCCAGGAACGGGACCUGCUCAAGACGUUCCAGAUUCCGGCGGACACGCUGCUGACGUUCCUGCUCACGCUGGAGGCUCACUACCACGCUGACGUGGCAUACCACAACAGUGUGCAUGCCGCGGACGUGGCCCAGUCCGUGCACGUGUUGCUGGGCACCCCUGCCCUGGAGGCUGUGUUCACAGAUCUGGAAGUCUUGGCGGCUAUCUUUGCAUGCGCUAUCCACGACGUGGACCACCCGGGCGUCUCCAAUCAGUUUCUCAUCAACACCAACUCGGAGCUGGCGCUGAUGUACAAUGACAUGUCGGUGUUGGAGAACCAUCACCUGGCGGUGGGCUUCAAGCUCUUGCAGGCAGAAAACUGCGACAUCUUCCGGAACCUCAGCGCUAAGCAGAGACUGAGUCUGCGCAGGAUGGUCAUAGACAUGGUGCUGGCCACAGACAUGUCUAAACACAUGAGCCUCCUGGCCGAGCUCAAGACCAUGGUGGAGAUGAAGAAGGUGACCAGCCUCGGGGUCCUGCUCCUGGACAACUACUCCGACCGUAUCCAGGUCCUACAGAGCCUGGUGCACUGCGCCGACCUCAGCAACCCCACCAAACCACUGCCGCUCUACCGCCAGUGGACUGACCGCAUCAUGGCCGAGUUUUUCCAGCAGGGUGACCGUGAACGCGAGUUGGGCCUGGACAUCAGCCCCAUGUGUGACAAGCACACUGCCUCUGUGGAGAAGUCCCAGGGUCUGUGCUCCACCACUGGGUGGACAGGGAUUCUCUGUGUAGCCCUGACUGUCCUGGAACUCACUCUGUAGACAGGAUGGCCUUGAACACAGAUCUGCCUGCCUCUGCCUCCCGAGUGCUUGGAUAAGGCACAUGCCACCAUCACCUGGUGAUCACCUGGCUAGGGCAGAUU